AUGAGCAGAAGAAAGAUCUUUAGACUCAAUCGCGAUUAUAAGAGGUUCAGAUCUGAAAACGAGUUCGGAUUUGGGGAAGAACCAGAGGAAUUUCGGAGAAGUUGCAGUAAGCGGUUUAUAGUUGUUAUGUUGAGGGCUAAGGUUCUGUGUUUUGCAGGUUCUAAGUGUUUUGUAACAACAGGUUCUAGUGUUUUGGAACAAGUUCUAAGGUUUGUACAUGUUUUAUGUUUUGGAACAAGUUCUAAGGUUCUAAUUGUUUUAACAGAAGGUUCUAAGCUGGUUUUAACAACAGGUUCUAAGCUAGUUUUAACAGGUUCUAAGAGAGCAGAUUCUAUGAUUUAUAACAGAUUUUUGUCUUAUGGGCUGCAUUCUGGACUGUUUUACUGGGCAGAUUUGGACAAUAGCUUGGCAUGGUCUUUGCUGACACAAGGUUGGAGAAAAUGGACAGCACUACACUAA